CCUGUGUACAGCUUAUGCUUAACUUCUUUCUUGACGGCGGUGCAAUCACGCUUGCAUAGCUCGUAACCUUUUUUGCAAGCAAAGGGUGCUUUGCAAGAUGGACGUAGGAUUAAUUUCUGAAAUGCAAUAGUUAUCAGGGACUUAAUGCGCUUGCUUGCUUAAUAAGUCUUUUUUGCUGGGCUUGGGAGCAUGCUCAAGUCGAGCGUCAAUUGCGCUUCGCCGACCCAUCAUCGUUCGCCGAGUAAUACCCGCCGCAACAUGUCGCUGUCGGGCAUCUGGGUAGCGUUAUCCGUAAGGAGUUGCCCGCUAGCAUCUAGACCGCUGGCUUGCGUCAUGGCCAGCGCCAGAACAAUGCUCCCAGCGUCGCCCGCCGCAGUAACCUCCUCGCGCUUCCAGACGCCCAGUAUGGCCUCAUCGCUCAGAACAGCAGUAAGAAGCGCUCAAUGCACCCUUCCGCGCUUCGGGAUGUCCAUGUUGUCAUCCCAUCCAAGGCGACACACAGCGCCUGGACUGCUCCGGGCUUUAGCAACGGAGACCGCAGCAGCGGGUGUGAAGACAGCUACGGUUGACAACGUCUCAGAAACAGCUGCAGAUCCCAACGGUCAAGUCCAGACGGUUCUGCUGGAGGUGGGCGGCAUGAAGUGCGGCGGCUGCUCCGCGGCCGUGAAGCGCAUGCUGUCGGGGCGGCCCGAGGUGGCUGCCGCGGCCGUGAACCUACUGACGGAGACAGCGGCGGUGCAGGUCAGGGGCUCACCCGAGGAGCUGGGCCCCGCGUUAGCUGCGUUCAUCAGCGCUCGCGGCUUCCCGGCGCGGGUUCGAUCCGCGGCGGCAGCAGAUGAUGAAGGGGAGGAUGGUACGGCAGCUGCGGAUCCGCUGGGGCUGGCGGCGGCGGAGGAAGCGGAUCGCAAACGCCAGGCCGAUGCUCGCCGCAGCCUGCUCGACCUUUCCGCUGCCUGGCUGCUGGUGGCCGCCUGCGUGGCGCACCACAGCGGUCACCUGCUGCACGCCGCGGGACACCACGAGGUGGCGCACCUGCCGCUGCUGGCGGCGCUGGCCGACCCGCGGGUCAGCGGGGCGCUUGGGGCGUUUGCGCUGCUGGGACCCGGACGCAGGCUGCUUGUGGACGGCUUCCGGUCGCUGGUGUCCGGGCACCCCAACAUGAACAGCCUGGUUGGGC